AUGGAAAAAAUCACUCAUCUGGAAGCUCUGAUGUUUAGUGCUGUGCUGGAGAACUGUGUGGAUCAACUUGCAAUUAUUGGAUAUAUCAUGCCGGUUCCACACAAUGACAAGACAGACAUCAACCAUGAAAUGAAAGAAAUGGUCCAGAAGGAACUGGAUAAUAAACCCUCAGAGCUUAUGUCAGCAAAGCAAGAGAGUGGGGAAACAGCUACCUCCACGACCCUGAAAAACACCGAACACAAGCAGCAGCAGGAGGAAACUGAAGAUCAAAAAAGCACUCGCCAUUCUUCCAAAAGGCCCAAGAAAUGCACCACUCGGGCUGCACAGAGGCUCAAAAAAGUUUAUGCUGACAGGCAGUAUGCAAGUAAUGUAAUUACACUCACUAUUAAAAAGAUGGAGGAAUUGGGAACAUUUAGUAGCCUAACAGAUGCUAAUGAGAGAGAGAAGGCAAAAAAGAACAAGUUUUUUGACAUCCUUAUCAGGGAGGAAAAAGGAAAGAAGGAGAUAAAGGCACUCCAGAAACAGCUGCAAGAUGUCAAGAAACAAACUGAUAAUGACCUUCAGAACCGAGAUAAGGUUAUUGAUCACAUCAAGGAUAAGCUUCAAGAGAUGACGGCCAAAUUGAACACAGAGAGUAACUACAUGAAGAAAAACAUGGAUCUCCAGAUCCAACUGACCCAGAAAAAGUGCAGCAGUGCAGAGGAUGCCCUGGAGAAGGAAAUCCAGAAUUUGAAGAGCAAAAUUGAUGAGGAGAUUCACCUCCAUAUGGAGACUGAUAAUUUCCUCACACAACAGUAUGAGAAGGUGAAAGAGAAACUGGAGUACUGGAUGGAGAAGUAUAAAAAAGACACUGUUGCAAAAGAUGAAGAACUGGAUGAUCUAAGGGCAUUAAAGGCAGAGAACUUGGAAACGAUGCAGAGAUUUGCCAAGGAGUGCCUGAUGUUCCAGGCAACCAUCAUCAUUGACCGGACAGAAAAGGAGGACAAGAGAAAACAAAGAGAGCGGGAAGCCCUGGAGCUGAAGAGUGCUGUGAAGGUGCAGGCGUGGUGGAAAGGUACAAUGGUCCGCAGAUUCCUCGGCCGCUACAAGGAGCUUGAGAAAUAUUUGAAGGGACAGUUAGCAGAGAAACAAACAGGCAAGGAAAAAUCUGGAAAAAAGAAAUAA